UCGGCAUCCCAUGUGGCGGCCAUAUUGAAAUUAAUAGUAUCGAGAUUUUUGUGGUGUUCUUUGAAGAAAAUAAGGCCAAUUUCUUAGACCAUGAGUUCUAUAGGAACCGGAUAUGACUUGUCUGCAUCUCAGUUUUCUCCUGAUGGAAGAGUUUUUCAAGUGGAAUAUGCUGUAAAGGCAGUAGAGAACAGUGGAACUAUUGUUGGCAUCAGAGGAAAGGAUGGUGUCGUGUUUGGUGUUGAAAAGCUUGUCCUUUCAAAAUUAUAUGAAUAUGGUGCAAACAAAAGAAUUAUACACAUAGACAGUCACAUUGGGAUGGCUGUCGCAGGAUUGAUAGCUGAUGCGAGACAGAUUGUCAGUGUUGCCAGAGAAGAAGCUGCCAAUUACAGGUCAACCUAUGGAUCUCCAAUACCCUUGAAAUAUCUUGUUGAUAGAGUGUCAGGAUACAUUCAUGCUCACACAUUGUACAGUGCUGUUAGACCAUUUGGUUGUAGUGUCCUGUUAAGUUCACAUGGAGCUGAUGGACCUGAGCUCUUUAUGAUAGACCCCUCAGGGGUAUCAUGGGGGUUCCAUGGUUGUGCUGUUGGGAAAGCAAAGCAAGCUGCAAAAACGGAAAUAGAAAAACUCAAGAUGAAAGAUAUGACAUGUGAAGAACUAGUGAAAGAAGUUGCCAAAAUAAUAUAUGUUGUACAUGAUGAAGUUAAGGACAAAAACUUUGAACUGGAGUUAAGCUGGAUAGGAGAAGUUACCAAUGGCAAACACGAGUGGGUACCAAAAGAUAUAGCACAAGCGGCUGAAAAAUACGCAAAGGAAUCACUUGAAGAGGAAUCCAGUUCAGAAGAUGAAGAUUAAGAUGCCAAGGGCCCUGAGCCGUUUGGGCAGUCUGUACUGCAGUAAAUAUAUGAUUUCCUGGCAACAGAGGACCACUGGUUUCAAGACUUUGAUGGGACUUCAUUGUUUUAUCUGCAGCUUUAUGUCAAAUUUGAUGUUUGUAACAUAUUUUGUAGUAUUUUCAAUCCCAGAAUAAACGUUUGCAUAGCAUGAAAAAAAUA